AUGACAUGGUUUAAAUCUAUCUAUCUAUCUAUCUAUCUAUCUAUCUAUCUAUCUAUCUAUAUCUAUCUAUCUAUUUCAGUCUCUUCAUUAUCUAUCUAUCUAUCUAUCUAUCUAUCUAUCUAUCUAUCUCUAGUCUUCAUUAUUCAUUAUCUAUCUAUCUAUCUAUCUAUCAUCUAUCUAUCUAUCUCUCAGUCUUCAUUAUUCAUUAUCAUAUCUAUCUAUCUAUCUAUCUAUCUAUCUAUCUAUCUAUCUAUCUCAAUCUUUUCAUUACCUAUCUAUCUAGCUAGCUAUCUAGCUAGUUCUGCUGCUUCACAUCUAUCUCUGACUGUUCUCAUAUUUCUCAUCUAUCUAUCUAUCUAUCUAUCUAUCUAUCUCUUUUACUUAAAAACAUACAAAAAUAUCUCUCAUUUUAAGGAAAAAGAUCUUCCAUUGCAUGUUUAUUUCACGUUUGAUUUUUUUUUUCGAAAUAUAUUUUUUCUUUCCUUUUUUAACUCUCUCUCUCUUUCUGUUUCUCUCUCUCUCUCUUUCUCUCUCUCCCUCUCACACACACACACACACUUUCUUUUCUUUUUUUGGUUUACUUCCCUUUGUUUUUCUCAUUAUAUCUUACCGUCUUUUUCCUUUCACUCUUUUUCUGUUCUUUCUUUCUUUCUUUCUUUCUUUUACUUUUAUAUUCUUAUGUCUCUUCGUUUCUUUUAUUUUUAUUUGGUUCUUGUUUAUCUUCCUCUUUUUUCUUUCUUUCCUUCUCUCUUACGUUUUUUUUUUCUUUUUCCUUGUGUAUUUUUGUCUCUCUUUUUCUUUUCUUUUUUUCGUUUCUCCUUAGUUUUCUCACUCGUCCUUUCUUGCUCUCCCUUAAUUUCAUCCAAGAUUUAUUUUCUUUCUCUCUCGCUCUCUCUCUCUCUCUCUCUUUCUCUCGCUGUCUUUUUCUCUCUUUGA